AUGAUAGGACCCCGUGUUGAAGAACUCUCCGAUUCGGAUGCAAAAGUCGACGACGACUUCGAGAGCAUGUCCGACGACGAGCUACCGCCCGAGCUGACCAGGACAGCAUGGGCAUCCGUACCUGAGCUAUUCUCAUGUCCUCCGCCCAUCCGCGAUGAAUUGGAAACACAGACCUCAAAACUCCAAGACAAGACUAUCCAGGAAUGCCUCCCGUUCCUUACGGGAAAGGGAUUGAAGGACUGGCAGCCCCAGCUUAACUCGCAUGGCAUCCCUGAGCUCUCACGCGCGGCUCACGUGGAGUUUCUGCAAGAUGCCCUUGGGGACUACCCUCCGCAGUUCGCGGUUAUGGAUGCAUCUCGGAUGUGGAUACUCUAUUGGGCGCUUGCUGGGCUUUCUUUCCUAGGUGAAGACAUAGCAGAACGCGUGGAGAGCAUGAUCUACACAUUCGAUGCAGCGCAGCACCCCUCCGGCGGCUUUGGCGGCGGCCACGGCCAACUCCCCCACCUCGCGCCCUCUUACACAGCCGUGCUCUGCGCGGCCCUAGGCGCCACCCCCGACUCCUACGACUUCAUCGACCGCAAAGCAAUGUGGCACUGGCUGGGCCGCAUGAAGCAGCCCGGUGGGGGCUUUAGCAUGUGUGCCGACGGCGAAGUCGACACGCGCGGGGCCUUCUGCGCGCUCGUCAUCAUCUCUUUACUCAACCUGCCGCUCGAGCUGCCGGCGGAUUCUCCAGCUAAGGAGGCUGGUGUUGAGACGUUUGUGGAUGGCCUGGCGAAGUGGAUCGCGAGCUGCCAGAGCUAUGAGGGGGGCAUUGGGGGCGCGCCGGGAAAUGAGGCGCAUGGCGCGUACACGUUCUGCGCGCUGGGUGCGCUGUGCAUCCUUGGUCCGCCGCACGAAACUAUCCCGAGAUAUCUCAAUGUCGCGGCGCUGGUUGCGUGGCUGUCGAGUCGCCAGUACGCGCCCGAAGGCGGGCUGGCAGGCCGCACGAACAAGCUCGUUGACGGCUGCUACAGCCAUUGGAUCGGGGGGUGCUGGGCGCUUGUCGAGGCUGCCGUGGCAGGUCCCGGCAAGCCGGGCGCGGGUCCCCCGCCGUCAUUGUGGAGUCGCGAGGGCUUGAUACGGUACAUUCUGUGCUGCGCACAGGGCCACUAUGGCUUGAGGGAUAAGCCGAGCAAGCAUCCGGACGCGUAUCAUACGUGCUACAACCUCGCGGGGUUCAGCUCGGCGCAGCAUGUUUACAGCUACGAUGACGCGCAGACGGAGGGGGACGAAGAGGAGGAAUUUCAGGGGCCGUUGAGUGCCGGGUUUCACUGGCGGACGAGGGAUGUGGAGGUUGGGGAGGUGGAGGGGAAAGUGUUUGACGAGGGGGACAGGGUCGCGGCGAUGAACCCGGUGUAUCUCAUCCCAUGGGGGUGUGCGGAGAAGAUGAGAAGGUACUUUGAGGGGAAGGUUGGGUUUUAG